CAACACAUGCGAAGCUGACUUCUUCACUCAUGAUGCUACAGACAGUAACCUUCACUCCAAGAUGUGCAACUUUAACUCAGACUGCGCUAAAGCCUUUCUCUGCGCAGAGGUUUCACGCCCAACACUCACCUACUUCCAAUCCCUCCCCCCAUCAUCACAACUAUAACCUUCCACAAUCAUUCAAUCCUUUGUAUAGCUCUUUACAAAGUCCUCCUCUUCGAUCGACAUCUAUAAAGACAGUCACCAUGAACCGUUUCCAACAGCUCAGAUCCCUGAACACAUCCCAUCCAAGCCUCCAACGCCCUAGCAUUCCCCGUAGCUCAACUGCUCCAGCCAGCCUUCCUACCUUUGCCUUUGCGUUUGAGUAAGUGAUAUACUUGGAAUUGGAACCUUGAUACCUCUUCCAAGAGUUUAGACUAACAAGGCCUCUAUAACAGCAUCGAUGGCGUUCUCCUCCGAAGCUCUGCUCCACUCCCUAGAGCCGCAGAAGCCCUUCAAUACCUCCACAACAACAACAUCCCAUUUAUCCUCUUGACCAAUGGUGGUGGAAAGCAUGAGAGCGCCAGAGUGGCAGAAUUGAGCAGUAAACUAGGCGUUCCUCUAUCUAUAGAAAAUUUUAUCCAGUCCCAUACGCCGUUCAAGCAACUCGUUGAAAGCUCUGAAACAAAAGAGGGGUUGGCAGACAAGACUGUUUUGGUUACUGGUGGGGAUGGAGAUAAGUGCAGAAAAGUGGCUGAGAUGUAAGCCUUUGUCAAUUACUUGUAUUAUGGUAUACUGAUAAUCAUUCCAGGUACGGAUUCAAGAAGGUCGUUACUCCUGGUGACAUUCUCAUGGCAUAUCCCACAAUCUGGCCCUUCAAUCAAAUAUUUUCCGACUACUAUCGCAACAACACCCGACCUCUUCCCAAGCCUGUCAAUCUCGACAAUCUGCCCGAAUCUCUCAAGAUUGAUGCUGUGUUUGUUUUCAACGAUCCCAGAGAUUGGGCUUUGGAUUCUCAAAUCAUUCUCGACCUGCUUCUCUCAAAGGAAGGAUAUCUGGGUACCUAUUCUGACAAGAACGGCAACUCGUCUCUACCAAACAACGGCUGGCAACAAGAUGGGCAACCCAAGCUGUACUUCUCUAACCCUGAUCUUUUCUGGGCCACUUCACAUCAUAUGCCACGUCUUGGUCAAGGUGGAUUUCAAGCUUCAUUGCAUGGUGUUUGGAAUGCUACGACAAAUGGUGCUACUUUGGACCGAACUAUCAUCGGCAAACCACACGCUGCAACCUACAUCUACGCCGAGGAUGUGUUGACCAAGUAUCGUAACCAACUGUCUCCUGCCAGUGGGGUUAAGGCUGGUAAGUUGGACCGCGUCUUCAUGGUGGGAGAUAACCCAGAGAGUGAUAUUUUGGGCGCCAAUCAAUUCAAGAGUAACCGAGGAACCGACUGGACCAGCAUUCUCGUCAAGACUGGCGUCUACAGAGAUGGAACUGAACCUGCACAUAAGCCAGUCGCUAUUGUCAAGGAUGUCUUCGACGCAGUUGAAUGGGCUCUUGGAGAGGAGAAAUGGGAUGGUCGUAUAGACUAAACUACGUCUUAGAUCUUAUGCAUCUUUUACAUUCUUGUACACAUGUACAGCAUCUACAUUGUGGAACAUUUGGCUUUUUAGAGCUACAAUAUUAGGC